AUGGCGUCGAGCAAUGUUAUUUAUACUAAUGAACAACCAAGAGAGCUAUGCCGAUAUUUUCUUUCCAAUGCAUGUCGUUACGGUGACAACUGUGUUUAUUCACAUGAUCGAUCGAAUGCUCAAGUAAAUAAUGUCUGUCGAUAUUAUCUUCAAGGAAAAUGUAGUUAUGGUGAAAGAUGCAGAUAUGAUCAUGUUCGACCAAAACCACAAAUAUCUACUACUACUACUACAUUUCAACCUGUUUCUUUUCGUUCUAAUCUUCCACUACCCACACCACCACCACACCAACAACAACAGAAUUUUAUUAAUACUAAAUCUCUGCCUAUGAAUGGAGCAGUACCAAUGAGUUAUGCAAGUGUUUGUCGUGGUUCUGACGACAUUAUUGAUCCGUCCAUUACUAAUCAGCAAUUAUCUCCCUCACAUUCUACUUUUUUUCUUCAAUCCUUAUGUCCAUAUGCUGAAAAAGAUGGUAUUUGCGAAGCAUUAGAAACAGGACGAUAUUGUCCAUAUAUUCAUGGUGAUUUAUGCGAUCUAUGUGAAAUGCCAGCAUUACAUCCAGCAAAUGAAAAACAACGUGAACAACAUCGAAUAGAAUGUUUAAGAAAACAUGAAGCUGAAUGUGAGGAAGCAUUUGCAACACAACGAAGUCAAGAUAAAAAAUGUGGUGUUUGUCUUGAAACAGUAUGGGAUAGAGAUGGUGAUAAACGAUUUGGUAUAUUAGAAAAUUGCGAUCAUAUUUUUUGUUUGGAAUGUAUACGAAAAUGGCGUGCUUCAUCAAAUUAUGAACAUAAAGUUGUUAAAGCUUGUCCAGAAUGUCGUGUUAAAUCAGAUUUUGUUACACCAACGAAAUAUUGGCCUGAAAAUGAACAAUCGAAACAAGAGUUAAUUAAAGCAUAUAAAGAAAAUCUUCAGCAAAUUCAUUGUAAAUUUUUUAAUCGUGGUGAUGGUUUAUGUCCAUUUGGUUCGAAAUGCUUCUAUUUACAUGUUGAUAAACAUGGUCAACCUGUUCAACUUGGACCACCACGUCGUCGUCAACGUAUUAAUGCUCGUGGAGAAUUAGAAAAUUUUUCCGAUGUUCUUAUGGUAUCAGUCUUUUCCAAUGAAGAUUUCGGACGAUUUUUUGAUGAAUACGAUUUUCUAUUUGAUGACGAUGAUGAUGAUGUAUCACGUGGUUCUGAAGUUACCGAUGAAGAUGAUUUUCGUUUUGCUGAUGAACAUGACUUGUCUGACAAUGAUGAUGAAGAAACUACAUCUCCUGGAUGGCAUUGA